UACCAGCCCGUUGGCUGAAGACACAGUCUCCCUUUUAACCAAGUAGGUUUUAACCCCCAGCGACUCCGCUUAUUACAAGUGGUAAGCUCGUAUCACUUCAACUCGAGCUAAUGCUUCUUGAUUGGAGCUCGUACAUGAACUGCCUAGUGCAAGCUACCGAUCUUACUUUUUGAAACAUUGCAGAUAGCUAGCAUGUAGUCUUCAUCGCCGUGGUUGCCAACCGGACCUCUUCGAUUACUUUCGUCUACAGUUCUUCCGGCGGGGCGCUUGGCACUGAAACGCGAUCGGGCGCUUUCCUUCUCCAUAAACUUGUCGCCCCGCAUUUUACGUUCACCACUAUGACGGUCCUCCAGCAUUCCUGAUGUCUUUGCAACUCAGCAACUCACGAAAGCAUUGACAAAACAACUCAUCGCAUUAUUUUGGUCUUAAUUAACCCCCCUCUAAUUACUCAAAGGAUCAGAGGGAUGCCUGGCACAUCAUGGGCUAAAGUACGCGAUGCCGAUUACCCUCGUUUAUCCGGUAUUUAUAUCCAGUAAUCUCGUCAGAGAAGCAUCCUUUCCGCCAAGCGACACAGAGCCGCAGAUGGCUACUGACCGCAUUUGUGCGUUGCGGUGACCGAAAGGCUCUAUCGAACCAAUCAGCAUCGUGCACGGCGGACGAGCUCUCGAGCCGGAUACUGGGCGCGCCUGGGGGUGCGACGGAGGAGUAGGCCGUUUAAUCGGGAGCUCUGAUGCGACUUUUGAGACACGUAUAUAAAGACGUAGGCCUCCACGGGGCGUGGACUUUCUCUUCAUCCUCCUUUCCCUGUGAGGUCUGACUGCUCUUGUCUCGCCCUUGGCUUUUGGCUCUCUUUUGACCACUUGCCUUUUCGUGCUAACACACAACCCCCGACACUCUUUACACCCUCACAUUCGUUUUUACCUUAAUACCCCCCAAGAUGAAGUUUUUAGCACUUGUUCCGUUUUUCCUCGCUUUCACUUCCACGUUCGUGAGCGCAAGUAGCCUUACGCGUCGGAGCCACAACGAUGUGAUUCAAGCUCGUCAGGCGAAGGUCCGCCGUCACGGGUUCGUGGAUACUUGUGCCAGCUUGGAUGUGGAUUUGGUCUUACCCACCAUCAUUCGUGAUGGUCACGCGCUCAGCGUCGGUCGUCUCGACGUCAGCCUUUGCGUGUCCAUCGUCGCAGAGUUCGUCAGGAUCAACAAGAUUGCUCAACUUGCAGUCAUGCUUCUCGGAGAGAAGGAGGUCAUUGAAAUUAUUACCACGACCAUCAAGAAGACCGGUACCUAUGUUACUUGCACUAUUCCUGAUCACGCUCAUUCUACCUGCAAGCACGAGGACCUUUGUGCCUUCGAGUGUAUAGAUGGAUUCCAACCAUACACUAAUCCUGGUGACGACAAGCCUUCUGAUUGUAUCUGCUCUGCUCCUCUUUCGGAGUGCAAUGGCAAAUGUGGUAACUUCCCCAACGGCUGUGGAUCUGCUGCUCCCCAACGUCGCAACGCUCGUCGUAGCCCUCUUCCUUCAUGCCCCGCUGGCCAGUCAAUUUGUGGUGUUCCCGGCGGUAAAGGUGUAGAAUGUGUUGAUACUCAAUCUGACAAGGAGUCUUGCGGUGCUUGCGCUACUCCUUCUCCCUUGACUAUCGCUACUCAAGUCGUUGGCAAAGACUGCACUGCUCUCCCCAACGUCGACCAUGUUGAAUGCCACGUUGGCAAAUGCCAUGUCCAUUCAUGCAAGCUCGGCUUUGGCGUCACCCCCGAACAAGACGGUUGCGCUCUCAUUGAUGUUCGUCAACUUCAUACUGGCGCUGCCCCUCCGUCCGAUGCUGACCCAGAGUUCAUCAAGCAAACUGCUGCGAAUGCUGCUGCCGUCAAGCGCAACAUCUCUGACGAGUUGGCUGCCAACAACAACUUCAUCAACCUGAAGAACCUCCAGAAGGCUGGUGAAGGUGCUGGUUUGACAUAUGCCUCCGCCGCCUAAGCGGCAUCUCAGUUUGGGAUUGUGGGGUAGUCUUUCGAUUGUGAACGUAUCGACCAUGGUGUUGUUUGAUUUCCGUUUCUCUUUCUGCCAUACCUCACAUCUCGGACAAAUCCUACUACUAAAUUGGAAUCCGAUGCGUUGCUUUUCAUCUUCCCCAUACACAUCAUUGACUCGGUGGACUUUUCGUUCUCAAAGUACAUUAGAAACGGUAUAUUGAAACUGCGGUAUUUUUCUUUCCUCGUAUAAGCUGUUGUUGUCUGUCUGAGCUGUUAACUGAUGUGUUGUUCAACGAUUUCGCUGCUGCAAGUUCCGGCUCUUCUUCAGGAUUACUGUCUAUCAACACAUGUUGGCUUGCGACGUCAGAAGUUCGUAUUGUCUAGAGUCCGACCACCUUUCAAUCACACAAUGCGAACAUCGCAAGGCUAGGAUCUGCGGAUGCGAACUCAGGUACAUAACUUACAUAGCUGCGGCCAAGAAAUGCUAUAUCCGCAU